AUGCUUCUCGAUGCCGUUGCCAGCGAUGUUGUCGCGCGCAAGGAGUGGACCAAACGCAUCUCGCAGCUGGGGGCGCAGAAGUCAUGGCGAGAAGCUUGCCAGGCCGUUGCAUCCAUGCGUGGCGAGGAGCUCCAGCCUAGCAUCGUUACGCACAAUGCAGUUCUCAAUGCCGUUGUGCGUGCUCACCAGUGGGCACAGGGGCUUUGUGACCUCAAGGCCCAGGGCCUCGAGCAAGAUGAGGUGUCGGCCGGGGUAGCAGUGAGAGCCGCGUCGGGUCUUGGCGGACAGUGGGCUGCUGCCGGGGUCACGCUCCAGACGCUGCGACGCCGAGAGCUGGAGGGUUCGGUGGUGUCCUUUGGAGCGGCCAUAAGCGCUGCGGAAAAGGGCCAAGCGUGGGAGCAGGCCUACGCGUUGCACGACCAGCUUCUCCGCGAAGGCCUUCGCACAAGCACCGUGGCAGUCAAUGCUGCCAUCAGUGCCGGCAAAACUGCCGACUGGAGGGGGGCCGUGGCCUUCCUGGAGCAGCUGUCGGCUGGGCGUUUAGAGCCAAGUGUUGUUACGUUUGCUGCAGCGAUUUCGUGCUGCGAGAAGUCACGGCAAUGGCAGAUGGCCCUCAGGCUGUUCAGCGAGAUCAGUGAUGCCGAGAUUCAGCCCAACAUCAUCGCAUGCAAUGCCGCGAUCAGCGCUUGCGAGAAGGCCGGCCAGUGGACCUGGGCGCUGGAGUUGCAGGAGCACGCCGAGCGCUGCACCUUGAACCCCAACAUCGUCACUUGCGCUGCGAGCACCAGUGCUUGCGAAAAAGCGGCGGAAUGGGAGCCGGCUGUGUCGCUGCUCCGUGCCGCUCGGCGCCGACUCCUCCAGCUUAACGUCAUCGCGUGCAAUGCAUUCCUCGGAGCUUGCCAGAAUGCGUGGCAGUGGCAGAGGUCCCUCGCAGCUCUUUCAGCCAUGGCCGAUAAUUGCGAUGUUGUGUCCGUCACAGCUGCGGUCACGGCUUGUGGCGAUGCUUCGGCAUGGCAGCAUGCCACCGACCUGAUGGCCGACGUGGAUGCUCGUCACCUUCAGCCUGACUUCUCUUUGCUGAGUGCUGCAAUGUCAGCUUUCGCGGAGGGUGCGAGCACCUCCAUCUCGGGAGGAUGGCUGCGGGCGCUGGAGAUCCAGGGCGCCCUGGUCUUGGUGCGGCUGCGGUCCAAGGAGUUUCUGUUCAGAUUUGGGGGAUAUUCUGUUGGCGGAUGGAGGCGUAAACGUGGCCUCCUGGCGCUGUCCUGGCGUCUCCUGGAGACCUGGUGGUGGUCUCCCGGUGAUCUGCUGGUGGUCUCCUCGCGGUCUGUCGGUGAUGCCCUGGUUGCUGGUUGUCUUCCCGAAGGAGAAUAUCUCAAGCUGCUCUUCGAGACCUGCAGAGGCAUUGCCGAAGUCUUCGACAUCGCAGAGCCAAUCUCUGCGGCCCCAAAGAUCCUUCGGAGGCCCACGUCGACGUGCGAGACCAGCAGGCCUGUCCCAGCUCCGCCUCGCAGUCCACCUCCACGCAGCGCACCCCAGCGCCGGGCUGCACGGAGUGCCCAUCUGAAGCUCUUCAAGGGCAUGCCUCGGCCACCGGCGCUUCCGAGAGCCGUGGUUUCGAGGAACUGCCGCCCUCAGCCAAGUCCAUUUGGGGCAUCAGUGGUUCAGCAGCCUCCUUGGAACUGCCGCGCUGGUUCAGGUCGCCGGCAGGCACCGCCCUCGCCAGAGGCAAUGCAGGCUGCUGAUGCCGCUAUGGCAAGUGCCGCGGCGAGAGCCGCGGCUUGGCGGCCAUGGACGCCCACUUUGCCAAAGCAGAUACAAAUUCCCGUGCUGAACGUGGAGGCACCUCCAGCUGAAGCAUUGCCUCCGAGAUCAUCCUCAACUUUCCAGGCGCGAAACUCGCCCAGCUUGCAGGUGAGACCACUCAGCGGCAGUCGCUCCUUGAGGAGUUCUCCCUCUCAGCAAAGCAAUCCCCUCUCAUCGGACAUGGCCAAAUCUCUGAAAUCCACCUUCGACAGCAAGGUGUUUGGGAAUACCUUGCGCCUGGACGAGACUCGUGGCGAGGGCUCCAUCCCACGAUGGAAGCUGCACAAACUCGCGCGGGAGAUGAACAUGACGGUGGAAAGCGUCAUCGUUGCGAAGGAGAUUUUCGACGAUCACGACUUUGACGGCUCGGGGAUGCUCAGUCUCGACGAGAUCGCGAAGGUCAUCGAAACACUUAUGGAGUUUCAGAUUGCGGACAAGGACUGCGUCAAUUACCGCAUCGAAUCUGGCCAGACAAAUCGGCUGCUCAACUACUGGCUCAAGUUUGCCCCCGAAGGGGUGUUCGAACUGGAUUUUGAGAGCUUCUUGAUCUGGUACUCGUGCACUGGAUUCCUGACUGAGCUCAUGAUUGAUGACAGGGAGAUCCGCCUCCGGCUGCUUGCGAAAGCCAACAAUUUGGAUGCCCUCUGCAUGGACAGGGUCAGGAAGUCCUUCAACUCCAUCGAUGUGGACGGAUCCGGGGAGGUUGACAUUCACGAGUUCGAGAACAUUCUGCGAGAGGUCCUGAAAGUUCCGGCCCACCUCGACAUGCCAGAGUCGCGAAUCCGUUACUUCUGGAACGAGAUUGACGUGGACGGAUCUGGCAAGGCUGGCUUUGACGAGUUCCUCAGCUUCUGGCUGUCGCAGUUCGGCUCGGCCACUUCCGGUCAGAAGGGCCAGACAUUGUCGCUCGAGGAUUUCUACAAGUCUCAGAGGAGAAUCGGAGCCCAGUAUUUGGAUCCUCAUUGGAACGCUGUGGACAAAUUAACAAGCUCUGUGUCGGAAUUCAUCGACUCCCUUUAG